GCCUCCUAGUCAGUGGAAAGAAUGCGUCAAAUUCAUAUGGGAAAGAUGUCUUCAGCCACGGCUGGACAGUUUAACAGCUCAGUUCCCUGUUCUGAUUUGCACACUGAACUCUUUGAGAGUACGGAACCUCUCCCUCCCACUUCUCAUUUCCUUUGAAACUUGCCAGGGGCAUUUGAAACUUGUGGGAUUCUACUCCCCCCUUCUCUCCCUCAGUAGCAGGUUUACGUGAUAAUGUUCCUUUUCACCCUUUCAUUCCUUGAAGCUUUUUUUCUUUUUCCUGUUUUCCCCAUUCUAAAAUUAGAGUUUCUUACUGCAAAUUCAGAUUACUUAACAGCCCUAUUCCUUAACAAGUACGACACUUUGCAACCUGGUGACAGUUUAGCAGUACUCAAAGAGUACAGCAGGUAAGAAGUUAUCUUUAGUGUAGUUUAAAAAGAGAAAGACCUCCAUGAUUUCCAGAGUGACUUAUGGAAGAUAAUAAAUUAUCCUUAUAACAUGGAACAAAGCCACAGCUUGUGAAUGCUGGAAAGUAGCAUGGGCCAACACAGAUGAUUGUAUUCAUGGUAUGUGCUGACAAUUAUAUCAUUCUCUCUCUCUGCUGUGGGCAACUAUCCAUUUUUAUCCAGAAUCAACAGAUAUCCUUCAAAUGCCAACAUUGGUCUUUCAAUGAAGCUUUUAGUACUGCUGUUAAAUAACCUUGCAACAUUGUCCAGUUAUCAGAUAUUGUAUGCAGGUUAUAUUGAAAUCAAUCACUCAAAAACAUAUCAAUGUAUAUAACUUCUGAACUGAGUUCUAAAAAGAUUGCAGGAAAUUUUAGUUUGUUACAGGAAUGUGGGUAUCACCAGCUGCUUGGCAGAUGAUGGCUCGUCGUGGCAUAAUAGCAUGGCUCUCUCGAAUAGUAGUUAUACUUGUGUUCUUCUGCUGUGCAGCAUCUGUGUUCUACAUGUUGACCUGCACACCAAGAGGUACCCAUCAGCAACCUGCAUUCUUCAGAGUUAACAGCCCAACAGGAAAAGAGGAAUAUCAGGCAAUCCUACAAAAAGGAGAAGAAUAUUAUUGGGACCAUAUUAACAGCCUGAAAAAACAAAUUGCUGAGCUGAAAGAUAAGCUUCAGGAAAGGAGCGAACCACUGAAGAACAUGCAAGGUCAAGAUACUGAUGCACAGGAGGUUAGAUUAGACCUAGGAAACUCUGAGAAAUCCCAGAAAACCCUGCUGCAGUUCCUCCAUUCCCAAAUUGACAAAGCAGAAAUACUUACUGGCAUCAAGCUACCAACUGAAUAUGCUGCAUUGCCCUUUGAGAGCUUCACUCAACAAAAAGUUUAUCAGCUGGAGAUGGGACUUUUACGUCAUCCUGAGGAAACGCCUGUGCGCAAGGACAAGAGGGAUGACUUGGCAGAAGCUAUUGAGUCAGGGCUGGAGAUUUUAAAUAGGCCAAAGAGUAACAGUAAUAUAAAUCAUCGAAUAUACUCCAUCUCUGACUUCAUAGAAGGCAUUCGCCGUACUGAAAGAGAUAAAGGCACUCUAUAUGAGUUGAUAUUCAAAGGAAGCAAAAAAUAUGAAUUCAAGCGCAUUGUUCUUUUCAGACCAUUUGGUCCCAUCAUGAAUGUCGCAAAUGAAAACCUCAAUAUGGCCCACACUCUUAUUAAUAUCAUAGUGCCACUGGCAAAAAGGGCCAGCAAAUUUCAGCAGUUUAUGCACAAUUUCAGGGAGGUGGCUAUGCAGCAAGAUGGAAGAAUUCACCUGACUGUAGUGUAUUUUGGAAGUGAACAAAUGAGCAAAGUCAAAGAAAUCCUAGAAAACAUAUCCAAAUCAGCUAAUUUCAGAAAUUACUCAUUUAUCCAGCUGGAUGAAGCCUUUUCCAGGGGGAAAGGUCUGGACGUGGGUGCAAGAUUUUGGAAAGGAAACAAUGUUGUACUAUUUUUCUGUGACGUGGAUAUAUAUUUCACAAAGGAAUUCCUGAACACGUGUAGAUUAAACACACAACCAGGAAAGAAAGUAUUUUAUCCUGUUCUUUUCAGCCAGUACAACCCAAGUCUAAUAUAUGGACAGCAUAAUUCCAUUCCUCCCUUAAAACAACAGCUGGUAAUAAAAAAAGAGACAGGAUUUUGGAGAGACUUUGGGUUUGGAAUGACUUGUCAAUUUCGUUCUGAUUACAUCAAUAUUGGAGGGUUUGAUCUUGACAUUAAAGGAUGGGGAGGAGAAGAUGUACAUCUGUACCGUAAAUACCUUCAUAGCAACCUCAUGGUUAUCAGGACACCAGUCCGGGGACUUGUCCACCUUUGGCAUGAAAAGCAUUGCUUAGAUGAGCUGAACCCAGAACAAUAUAAAAUGUGCAUCCAGUCUAAAGCUAUGAAUGAAGCUUCUCAUGACCAGCUAGGCCUGCUGGUCUUCCAACGGGAGAUUGAAGCUCAUCAACAUAAACAAAAAGCAAAUAAUAGGAAUAUGUGAAGGUAAAAAUGGGUCUUUCACAAAGCAAAAUGUCAAACUUUUAAGAACAGCUUCUUAGGGAAAUUCUUGGGCUUAGAGGGAUCUUCAUAAUCUUUUAGGUUUGUGAUAAUAUCAUACAAAAAGGGUAGGACAGGCCUUCUUUCAGUUUCUCUUACUUUUUCAUCUCCAGCCCUGUGGGUUCCCAUUUGCCAGAAAAGAUUUGGGACUGUAGAGAGAGAUGAAGGGAGAAGGAUAAACGCACUUUGCUCAAAUGUAACAUUUCCUCAUUAAAGUAACAUUAUUUAUUUUUGGCAGAUACUUCAUAUUUGGUUUUCCUUCAGCUGAUAUAUGAGUAGAUUGUACAGAGUGUUGCAUUUUAACUGUUGUCAUGAAUGUGAAUGUCUGUGGAGACUAGCACCAAGAAAGCUGUUCAAAGUGAGACUGAUGGUAAUAGACUUUAUCAGUUCUGGCUAUGUGCUAUAUAUAUCUCUGCUAUACCUCUGAUAUAUUCCAGAUAUAUCAAAGAGAUCUGAUCACAUUAUAUACCCAAUUCAGUGAGAAAUUGGAUGAGCCAUAUGGAGGGAACAUAAUAAUUUUUUUUUCUGGCCUUGGACACUUAUGUGAUGAACUUGAAGCUGUUCAAAGAAAGUCAAGAACUCCUACAUUGCAGAAGCCAUAUUCUGGAGAAGUUACUAAAUUCCUUAAGAGUCAAAUGAAAUUAAUAUGCAAUGUUAAACUUGAGAGAACAAAGUGCAAUCAGUUUCUAUUUUAUAUUAAUGAUUAAAAAAAUGAAUUGGUGGCAGGUAGAAUGCUAAAUGCCUAAAGUUUAAAAUUGAUUUAUGUAUGGAAUGUAAAACUAAAGCAUAAUCCCCAAAUUAAAAAAUAAAUAAAAAUGUAUUUGUGUAAACUGUGAA